AAAUAGAACAAACAACAAACUUCCUUCCCGGCCACUUUCUUUUCUUUUCUUUUCUUGUCCCCACUACACAUAGUCACCUUCCUAUGUUUAACACUUUCACACACAUUUCUCUCUCUCUCUCUCUCUCUCUAUUCCCAGAUCCAUUGCUUUUUCUCGCACCUUCUUCUACUUCCUCCAUACACUCCCUUCAUUCAGAGUUUUAGGAGCUAUCUAGCACUUUCUCUGGAACAUGGCUGCUUCUAGGGUUCAGUCUAGUAAGCAAAUGAAGAGGUUGGAAUCAAGGAAGUCACAUUCUUGGUGGUGGGAUAGUCAUAUUAGUCCAAAGAAUUCUAAGUGGCUUUUUGAAAAUCUUGAAGAGAUGGACCGUAAUGUGAAACGAAUGUUGAAGCUUAUAGAAGAGGAUGCAGAUUCAUUCGCGAAAAAAGCUGAAAUGUAUUACAAGAAGAGACCAGAAUUGAUCGCUUUGGUCGAGGAGUUUUACCGUGGUUACCGGUCAUUAGCAGAACGUUAUGAUCACGUGACCGGUGAGUUGAAGAAAAAUGUACUGUCUGAUCUCCAAUCACAAGGUUCAGGUUUUUCAGACACUGGCUCUGAACCGUCCUCCACUCUGCCCUCUCCAAACAUGGCUCAUCGUAAAUCUAGCAACCGAGCUUCCGGGUUUGAUUUCUUUCUUGGAUCCGGCGGAAAUGGGUCUGAUAUAAACCAAAACGACAGAGAUGAGUCCUCGACUAUGACGGAUUCUGAGGAGGAAUCUGAUGAUUCAUCGGUCAACAACUAUUCAGGUUUCUCGCGGAACGGUAGUGAUCCGGGGAUGAACAGAAGAAUAACCGAGUUGGAAAAUGAACUCCGUGAAGUAAAAGAAAAGCUAUGGACACAGGAAGGGGAACACACAGAGGUUUCAUCGAGUGGGGCAGGAAACGAGAAUGUCGAAGAUGUUUAUGUCAAAAUUAAUGCAUAUGAACAAGAACUGAUGAUUGCGAACGAAAAGUUAAGACUUUCGGAAGAAGAAAUAAGUAAACUAAAAACUCAUCUGGAAAACUACAGAUCCUUGGAUUCAGGAAAUAUGGAUGCCGGUAUUGAACUCAAGGCAUUGGAAAAUCAAGGAAGCAUUUAUGGUGUCGAUAAGGAAUUAUUUGAGCUGAGUAGUGACACUGCGUCACUCGUGGAGGAGCUUCAAAUCACCAAAAAAAAUCUCAAGGCUUCUGUAACGCAAGUUGCUUCACUGAAAACUGAGGUCAAUAAAUCCUCUGAAAGAAUUCAGAAUCUGCAGGAUCAACUUGACUCGGCUCAAAAAGACAUUGCUGCUUGGAAAACCAAAUUCAACAGUGAGAAAAGAGAGAGCACCAAACUCCAAGAAAGACUUGUGAGGUUAAAAGCUAGUCUAUCAGACCGCGAUCAUGAGAUCAGGGACUUGAAAACCGCUGUAUCCGAUGCCGAGCAGAAAAUCUUCCCCGAGAAAGCUCAGUUGAAGUCCGAAAUGUCCAAGUUGUUGGAGGAACAGACACAUUUAAAAGAGCUGAUCAGAGAAUGGGAAUGUCGUGGUCGAUCUUUUGAAGAAGACAUCAGAAACAUACAAUCUGAAAAGAUAGUGAUGGAGGCAGUGCUCAACAACGGAAUUGAGCUUUUAAAGGCCGAGAUUGAGGAGAGAGAGAACAACAUAAAACUUCUCAAUGUAAGCCUCGAUACCUUAAAAUUAGAGAGAGAUAAUCUCAAUGUAGAAGUAGGUUCGCUCAAGGAAGAUGUGAAUUCAAGAGAUGGUAGGAUUGAACAUCUCGACCGACAUUUAAACCAACUACACAUGGAACAUGUACAACUGAUUUCCGGAAUGGAAGAAGCACAUAGACACAUAGAAGAGAUGAAAACAAAAGCUAAGCAACUCGAGGAACAGGUCGAGAGACAAAAAACCGAGAUUUUUGAAGCAGCUGAACAAAAACGUGAGGUGAUUCGGCAACUUUGCUUCUCGCUUGAGCACUAUAGAAACAACUAUCAUACGCUUCGACAGCGUUUUAUCAGGCAUAAAAGGGUUCCCAUUUUGGCUGCUUAAUUAGUAAAAAUCUUAAAAAUGUGAUUUUGUAUAUUUUUGCUAUCUUUAGUUCUUUGUAAUUUGAAUGUCUUUCUUAUGCUUGUGGUUUUAAUAAUGUAUAUGAGACAAUAAGGUAAUGAGUACUGAGAAGUGAUAACCAUGUUUUGAUGGUUUAAUCUGCAUCUUAUGGUCUUUAUGGAUACAUAAGGUUAAGAUUUCAUAUAAUGAUGCUCAUCUGAAUUGAAAAGAGGUCGUGGAAUUGAUCAAAGUUAGAAGAUGGUUAUGGAUAAAAAGCAAGCUUGAAAAGACAUCAUUAUCUUGUAUUAUGUUUACUCUAUUGUAACAUUAUUUUCAUGUUAUGUUUGCAUUUUUUUUAUAUUAUAAUGAAAAUAGUCUUCUAUGUGAACGUAGUUUCAAUGAAAA